AUACAGGCCACCACGGAACUGCAUCGUCGCACCGCUUCGGGUCGUCCAGUGGGAGGCGGUUCUGAGGACUACUACCAGGACAUCAGUGUGACUGUGCGCUACAACCAGGCCCGACUGCAGGAGGCCAUGAACAGGCCAGACUUGGCAGAGGCCGUCUACAAGUCAAUUCUCCUGCAACAUCCUUCUUAUAUAGACUGUUACCUCCGUCUGGGCUGCAUCGCUCGAGAUCGAGGGCAGCUGAGGGACGCCUCAAUCUGGUUCAAGGAGGUUCUUGAUAUAAAUCCUCAGGACAAUCCUGAUGCCUGGACACUGUUCGGCCUCUUGCAUUUGAACAAAAAUGAGGUUGACCAGGCGCAGAAGAAGUUUGAACGGAUCAUCAGACAGCCCGAGUUCCGUGCAGACGCCUUCUGCCGGAUCACCCUGGGGAAUAUUUGGCUGCGCACUCUGCACCAUCCAGUUCGUGACAAGGAUAGGCGAAAACGCCACCAGGAACGCGCUCUCUCCUGCUACAAGGCUGUGCUCAGUGCAGAUCCCCGUAAUACCUGGGCGGCUCAUGGAAUCGGCUGCGUUCUGGCACACAAGGGCUUUGUCAACGAGGCCCGCGACGUUUUCGCCCAGGUCCGUGAGGCAACCGCAGACUUCCCCGACGUCUGGAUCAACAUUGCACACAUUUAUGUUGAACAGAAGCAGUUUACAGCUGCCAUCCAAAUGUACGAAAAUUGCAUUCGCAAAUUUUCUCGACAAAAUGAUACCGAGUUGCUGCAGUACCUGGCAAGGGCCUUCUUCAAGGCAAAUCAGCUUAAGGAAUGCAAAGCUGUGCUCCUGAAGGCCCGUCAUGUAAAGCCCUGGGAUCCGCUUUUAACUUUCAAUCUGGCUCUUGUACAGAAGCGAAUGGCCGUCCUUGUUCUCAGUGACGAAACAAGUAGUUUCAGCGCUGUAUGUGAAGCCAUUGCAGACUUGAAUAUGGCUCGCUGCACUUUCGACCACCUCUCCAAAGCGAACGAAGUUGUUAACCAGUCCAUGGCAGCUGACGAAGCCAAGGCCUGCCAGGAUUUGUUGAGUCAAGCGAAGUACCACCUGGAUCGGGCAAAAUCAAGAGAAGAGCAGGAGCGAGUCUUCCGUCAGCGUCAGAAUUUGAAUGGCGAUGUGGAGGAUAAUUCCAAUAACAUUAGUGGGACUUGGGCCGCGAUCGUUGUCACACUUCUUCUCUCUCCUCUUGAAGAUGUUCAAAAGGAGACCUGA